AUGUCAACAUCAACAACAUUAUUGGACAACAACAAUGCUGAACCAGUGUCACCUGAUACAGCAGCAACCACUGUAAUUGGAAAGACAUUAGCCACACAACACAAAGGCAGAUACGUAAACAAAUGGAUGACAAUGACGACAAGUGAUAUCUUUAUAGCCGUACUCAAAUGGAGAAGAGCAAAGAUAGAGCCAUUGACAGAUGAUGAGAAGAAACAUGUUCAUCCUGUGAUACCGGUUGAUUUGGAUCGUCUGCGUGCUCCUUUGGCAUCACCUAAUAGUUUGAGAUGUACUUGGAUUGGACAUGCUUCAUUCUUUGUCCAGUUUGCAGGCGUCAGCUUUUUAACUGAUCCAGUGUUUGCUGAUCGUUGCUCACCGUUCUCCUUUGCUGGUCCAAAGCGCUACCGUGAUAUACCAUGUCAGUUGACACAGUUACCACAAGUUGACUUUGUCACAAUCAGCCACAAUCAUUAUGAUCAUCUCGAUGUCGAUGUCGUCAAGGCACUGGGCAACAACACACAUUGGUUCGUGCCCAAGGGACUAAAGAGUUGGUUCGCUUCAUGUGGCGUCAACACGGUCACUGAACUCGAGUGGUGGGAGGAGGCAAACUUUGGCGACCGCGUGCGUAUCACAUGCACGCCCUGCCAUCACAACAGCAAUCGUGGCCUGACCGACAGGAACUGCACACUCUGGAGCUCAUGGGUCGUGACCGACACGCAAACCAACAAGAAUGUGUUCCACUCGGGCGACACAGCCUACUGCGAUGUGUUCAAAGAGAUUGGUCAUCACAUGGGCGGUAUCGAUUUUGGAAUGAUCCCAAUCGGCGCCUACUCACCACGUCACAUCAUGCGAGAGAUGCACGUCGAUCCUGCCGAGGCGGUACAGAUUCAUCGUGACAUUGGCUCGAAGCGAUCAGUUGGAAUGCAUUGGGGUACAUUCAUCCUGACUGAUGAGCCACUCCUGGAACCACCCAGGAAGUUAAAAGAGGCUGCCACUGCAGCUGGACUCAAGGACAAUGAGUUCACAGCGAUGAAGAUUGGUGAGAUAAUUGACAUGGAUCUGUAA